AUGGCCAACCCUCGUGUCAUUGUCUACCACUACUCGUACUCACCAUAUGCCAGACGGCUGAUAUGGUAUUUGGCCCUACGUGGCAUACCGUACAGCCAAUGUAUUCAACCUCCUUUGAUGCCCCGACCGGACGUCUCCCGUCUGGGCAUCUCAUACCGUCGUAUCCCGAUCCUCGCCGUCGGUCGCGAUGUCUAUCUCGACACGCGGCUACAGAUGCGCAAGCUCGAGGCCAUGUUUCCUGAGCUGCCUCGCCUCGGCGCCACGAGCCCUGACCAAGUCGCUGUUGAGCGCCUACUGUCGAGCUUCACCAACGACACGGGCAUCCUAGCCACAGCUCUACAACUCCUCCCGCAAGACCUACCUCUCCUCAAGGACCCAGCGUACUACCGCGACAGGGGCGACUUUCUCGGCUCCGAGCUCAACGGCAGUGGCAUGGAUGCGAAGAAGCCAGAGGCGCUCGUCGAGGUGGCCCGCGCCAUCGGCUUCCUGGAGACGACUCUUCUCGCCGACGGGCGCGACUGGAUCUUGGGGACCGAGAAGCCGAGCCUGGCUGACAUUGAGGCCAUCUGGCCGUUCCACUGGAUAACAGGCCUCCCAGGCGCUCUACCUGAGGACAGCUUCUCCCCCUCAGUGUACCCGCGUGUAUAUGCCUGGAUCCGACGGUUCCAAGCCGCCGUGUCGGCGGCCAAGAAGCGAGUGGGCGCCCCCGUGACUCUCUCUGGCGAGGAGGCAGCCAGCGAAAUUCGGGCCGGGUCGUUCUGCGAGCCCGAGAAGGAUGUUGAGGCUGGUGACGCGGUCGUUCUCGCGCAGGGCCUACGAAAGGGCGUGGCGGUGAUGGUCUGGCCGACUGACACGGGGUCUUCGGGCCGUGACGAGGGGACGCUCACGGGUAUUGACGCCGACGAGGUCGUGUACGAGACUCGAGGUGUUGAGGGCUUGGUGAGAGUUCAUGCGCCGAGGUACCGGUUUAGGGUAGAGAGGGUCAAGGAUGCCAGGUUGUGA